UUCCAUAGUUUUGAUGUCUUCACUGUUAUUCUACAAUGUAGAAAAUAGUCAAAAUAAAGAAAAACCCUGGAAUGGGUAGGUGUGUCCAAACUUUGGACUGGUACUGUAUAUGACACCAACUUAUUAUUCUUCUGAUGAUGUUCACACAGGAAACCAUGGAGAGACAUUCUCUACAUUCAGAGAGCAACAGCAGGAAGAUCACAGAGCUAAGAGGUCUCACCACUGCCCACAUUGUGGGGAGAUUUUCUCAUUUCUAUCAAAGCUGAAAAUACACCUAAAAAUACACUUAGGAGAGAAUCUGUAUUCCUGUACUGACUGUGGCAAGGAUUUCACAACAUUAAAGGUUCUGAUGGUUCAUCAGAGAGUGCAUGAACGGAUACAUACAGGAUUGAAGCCUUACUUCUGCUCUGACUGUGGAAAGAGUUUCUCACGACUGGACACCUUAAAAAGACAUGAACAUAUACAUACAGGAGAGAAGCCUUACUCCUGCUCCGACUGUGGGGCAAGUUUCUCUCGACUGGGCCACCUAAAAACACAUGAAGGUAUACAUACAGGAGAGAAGCCUUACUCCUGCUCUGACUGUGGAAAGAGUUUCUCUCGACUGGGCCACCUAAAAACACAUGAACGUAUACAUACAGGAGAGAAGCCUUACCCCUGCUCUGACUGUGGGAAGAGUUUCUCUCUACUGAGCAACUUAAAAGCACAUGAACGUAUGCAUACAGGAGUGAAGCCCUACUCCUGCUCUGACUGUGGAAAGAGUUUCUCUCGACUGGGCCACCUGAAAACACAUGAACGUAUACAUACAGGAGAGAAGCCUUACUUCUGCUCUGACUGUUUAAAAUGCUUCACAACAUCAAAUGACCUGAAAGUUCAUCAGAGAACACACACAGGAGAGAAACCGUACUCCUGCUCUGAUUGUGUAAAAUGCUUCACAACAUACUCUGGUCUUGAAAGUCAUCAGAGAACACACACAGGAGAGAAGCCGUAUGCCUGCUCUAAUUGUGUAAAAUGCUUCACAUCAUCAACUAACCUAAAAGUUCAUCAGAGAACACACACAGGAGAGAAGCCUUACUCCUGCUCUGACUGUGGAAAGAAUUUCUCCCGACUAGGCAACUUAAAAAGACAUGAACUUAUACAUACAGAAGAGAAGCCUUACUAAUGCUCUGACAGUUGAAAGAGUUUCUCCCAACAGGGCAACUUAAAAAUACACAAACAUAUACAUAAAGCAGGAGUAAGGCUUAUCUCCUUUAACUGUGGGAAAUGCUACACAACGUCAACUGAGCAAAAUGUUCACCCAAUAGGACACACAGGAGAGAACCCUUGCUUCUCCUCUGACUGUGGGAAGAGUUUCUCCCAACAGGGCAACUUAAAAAUACACCAAUGUAUACAUAAAGGAGAGAAGCCUUACUCCUGCUCUGACUGUGGGAAGAGUGUCUCCCAACAGAUCCACUUAAAAGGUCACCAGGGAAUACACACAGGAGAGAAGCCUUACUCCUGCUCUGACUGCGGGAAGAGUUUCUCCCGAUUGGCCACCUUAAAAACACAUCAAUGUAUCCAUAAAGGUGAGAAGCAUCAUCAGUUGUCUCAGACCAGCCAAGAUUAGUCACUACAUCACCUCAUUCUCAUCUCAUAAAGGAAGUGGUAACAGUGAAUUUGAUAACAUUAACACUCUAUUGUAAUCAUAUUUUUUUUCUCACUGUGUUAACCGUGCAGAGGAAAGGGAGCAUUAUAGAAUGUCAUUGUAAAUGAUCUUUCUCCAUAGAAAUGCAUCAACUUGUACUUUAGCAUUUUAGCUAAUAAGCAACUUUGCAACAACAUUGCAUGACCAAAAGUAUGUGGACUCCUGCUCCUUGAACAUCUCAUUCCAAAAUCAUGGACUUGGUGCCCCUUUUGCUGAAAUAACAGCCUCCACUCUUCUGGGAAGGCUUUCCACUAGAUGUCGGAACAUUGCUGUGGGGAAUUUCUUUCAUUCAGUCACAAGUGAUGUUGGGCGAUUAGGCCUGGCUCGAAGUCGGCAUUCCAAUUCAUCCCAAAGUUGUUAAAUGGGGUUCAGGUCAGGGCUCUGUGUAGGCCAGUCAAGUUCUUCCACACCAAUCUCGAUAAACCAUUUCUGUAUGGACCUCGCUUUGUAUAGGAGCCUUGUCAUGCUAAAACAGGAAAGGGUCUUUAUCAAACUGUUGCCACAAAGUUGGCAGCACAAAAUCAUCUUGAAUGUCAUUGUAUGCUGUAGCGUUAUGAUUUCCCUUCACUGGAACUAAGGGGCCUAGCCCGAAUCAUGAAAAACAGACCAUUAUUCCUCCUCCACCAAACUUUACAGUUGGCACUAUGCAUUGGGACAGGUAGCAUUCUUCUGGCAUCCGCCAAACCCAGAUUUGUCCAUCAGACUUCCAGAUGAUAAGGCGGGAUUCAUAACUCCAGAGAACAUGUUUCCACUGCUUCAGAGUCCAAUGGCGGGGUGCUUUACACCACUCCAGCUGACGCUUGGCAUUGCACAUCUGGGUGAUUUUAGUCUUGGGUGCAGCAGCUCGGCCAUAGAAACCCAUUUUUUUGUGAAGCUCCUGACUAACAGUUCUUGUGUUGUCGUUGCUUCCAGAGGCAGUUUGGAACUCGUUAGUGAGUGUUGCAACCGAGGACAGACUAUUCUUACGCGCUUCAGCACUUGGCGGUCCCGUUCUGUAAGCUUGUGUGACCUACCACUUCGCUCCUAGAUGUUUCCACGUCACAAUAGCAACACUUAUAGUUGACCGGGGCAGGGCUAGCAAGGCAGAUAUUUGACGAACUGACUUGUUGGAAAGGUGGCAUCCCAUGACGAUGGGAUGCCACCUGUCAAUAACGGGUGUGGCUGAAAUAGCCGACUCUACUAAUUUAAAGGGGUGUCUUUAUACUUUUCUGUUUAUAUAGUGUACCAAGCAUUUUAGGUUAGCAUGCAACUACUUAGCAUUUUCAUUAACGUUAGCAACAACAAAUUGGAACAAGUAAAAUAUACGUAUUGCAUAUUCGUAACAUAUUGUACGAAUUGUAAUUCGUAGCAUACUAUACGCCAUACAAAUCUUAUUAUAUUGUACUACUCAUUUUACAUUUGUAGGCCACUGUAAUGUAACAAAGCAUACUGUAUCAUACUAAAGUGUGUGGUAUGGAUUUUUGUUACAUAUGGUACGUUUUGCUCUUACACCAAGUUGUCCCUCUGCAGUUCUCUGUGGGAAUGAGCUGGUAGACACGUGUAUCAGAUAGAGAUGGUGUGAUGAUUCGUUUUCACCAUUAGUUUGGGUGGAUUAUUUUUAACUACAUAACUUUUUUUUAAUGAUAUGCAGGCUCUGAAAUGACUACAAGUGUUUAUUAAAUUGCCUUGGAAAACUAGAUUGAUUACUUUAGUCAUUGGUUAAUGUAUUUGGAUAACUGCAAUGAACUUAUUGAUCUGCCUAUGAAAAAUAAACAUUCUACAUUAA